AAAAAAAGUAGGUCUAGAUUUAAGUUCAGAGGAGGAAGUUUGUUAAUAAGCUUGUCAGAUUGCUAUAUCAGACUUUCACACUCAAGCAAGGUAGCCUAAACUCGUCUGCCAAGGCGCGCGAGCAUUUCACUUCCCCAGCAAACUCGUCAUUUCCCCGUGACUGGUCGCAGAGCGUAUAAAGUUCCACAUUUCUAAGUCAGCGCUGAUUUUCGUGCAGGGCUCAAACUUUGAGUCAUCGACAGGGGAUCUAAACAACCUUCGACUCCACGACUUGGAGAUAGCAACGAUAUUUUUUUCAGUUGACAAUGUCUUGGUUUCUAAGCAAGGUGUAUACUACGCUAAGAGGAGCAAACUCGUCGCGAUCAACAAGUAGCUCCGUGGCAACAAAUAGAUCCCUAAGUGAUGCGGAGAUUGACUCGCUCGACUUGAAUUGUACCGUUAGUCCUGGUAAUAAUCAUAGAUAUAGCUACUUAUCGUAUAGUAGUGCGGACAAAGAGGGCUCCUCUUGUGGUGGAUGGAGUCGGCCUGAGUCCACCGCUGGGUCAAUUCAUGACGGUGAGGGUCCUGAUGGUCUUGUUCUAAGACUCUACGGUGAGGAUUAUAUACUUGGUGAAAAUGGUGAGUGCCGUCCGGUGCAUAGGGAACCAGAAUCGAAACGACUUUCCACUAUUUCGGUCAGUUAUUCGAACCAAAAUAAUGAGAACGAAAAGCUUUGUUACGCCACCCCAGAGACUACUGAUCCACAAUAUGAGUGGUCAGACGAGAAAGCGGAUUGGAUUACACCCCUGAGGUUCGGUCGAUCGAGGCAAUCCAAGAGGCGAUCGGUUAGGCCUAGGAGUGAAAAUGUCGAUGAAAUGUGGUUGCGAGUCGUGAAAUCUGUUAAUGCAUCAUUUGAUUGUGAUGAAGACAACGUAGAAGAACAUAUUGAUAAUAUUGAUAAUGCAUAUGAACAACCUCAAGAAAAACAGAUAGAAAUCGUAUCUGAUAUUGCAAACGACGAACACAAUAUAGACAAUAAAACGACUGUGAAAUUGGAAAAAUACAUAACAACUUUAGAUACAGAUGAGAGACAGGAAGAUCAUCAACUCAUAAACUCGGAACAGAAAUCAAACUUUACGGAUGAGAAUGUGAAUGAGAAUGAUUUAAAUCAAGAAGAAGAACCUAACACAACAUUUAUUGAAACUAACGAUAAUUUUUUUGAUUAUGAGACGAUAUCAGAGAUAAAAGGAAAAGAAGUUGAUAAUUUGUUUGUAAAUGAGGAUCCAAAAGAUGAUGAGGAUGAAUUUCGUUCCAGUUUAGUUGGAACUUCCAAUAUAUUGAAUGAAAUUUUCCAACACUUUGGACUUCCAGCUGAUGAGGUAAACAGUGAAGAUUGUGAACAGGUAGAACUACCUGUUGAAUCUACUGCGCAUGAUCAUAAAUGUGACGCAUUAUUAGCUCCUGGCACUGGACACGCACGUGCAAAAGAAGAAGUUGCGUAUCGCAGUAACGAUCACUUGGAACAGCCAAUCAUCUCGGCGUUUGCCAGGAAUGGGAGCUACAUGUCGAUGAAAGACUGUCUACCGACAGAUGUCGGGCUCUUGGAUGAACUUGAGAGUAUAUUCAGCGAUAGGCAGUCCUCACUUUUCAAUGAAGAAGAGUCCUCGAAAGAGUACGAUGACAUCGAUGCACUGCGUAAGAGCAUUGAGGAUAUCGUUAGUGGAUUGGACAAAAGCACAAACAGUGAAGUUCAGCUCAAAAGACUAAGACAAUCCUUGAAGAAGCUUAACAACUUUGAAACAAAAAGUAUAAAGCAAAACAAACACAUAACAAAUGAUUCAUCAUCGGUUACCAAGGCAACCGAUACAGAUGAACAAUUUAAACCGAUACAUGGCGUUUUUGAGUAUUUAGCUGAAGAGCAGGAUCACUAUUCUCAUGAAAUGCACUCGAGCGGAAAAAAUACAUCAACAUAUUCUGAUAAUAAAGGGAGUUGGGAUUACAGUUUUAACCUGCGUGGCCUUGGCUAUGAUCAGCCCAUUGAACACGAUUCUAUAGCCUAUGCCGUAACAAAUAACAUAUUCUCUGCAGCAUCUGUCGAACUGAAUAAAAAGCAAAUAGAACCGUCGAGUACACACUCUAUACCGUUUACCGAGUCAAUAAAGUCAGUGUGUUGUAGUGAUCAACACGAUACGCGUGUACGACGAUCGAACGCACUGCUAGAAAUUAGGAGCGAACAGACUACAAAUAAUAAGCAUUUACAAGCAUCAGGCGGAUGUGGAGAACCUGAGCAAACCAUCGGAGCAACGACCAGUUUACCAAAGAAAUGUUGUGAUAAGGAAUUACUAGAAAAUGAUUAUUGGAACUAUGAUUUUGAUGACGGUAUCACAUGGGCAGGAGGAAACGGGACUGGCGAUAUACUGACGAUGGUCAAAGUCCAGUCGGAAUUGAAUCCAUGUAAAAUAGAUAGAAGAUAUAUAAAAACAGCAAUCAAACCCGAUCAAGCAACAAGCAGUGGGAAAGAUAUUAUUGAAGAAGAUAUCAUAAAUAGUGAGUAUUUAUCAACCAAGAAGCUAGAUGCGUCAACAGGUCGAGGCGUUGGUAGAUACUUUGGCUCUCUGUUAGGAUACAACCAGGUUAGGGUCAAUGAUGAUGGACUAACGUAUUCCGACUUUAAUAUGGGUUGUAUAAGUGUUUACUGUAAAUCUAAAUCACAGGAAAAUGAACAUUCGGAGGACGAUUAUAGUAAUAGCAAUGGACAUAAGCAGCUUGUACGUGAUGUGGAGAUCGGAAAAUUUGGAUUUGAAAAUACCGUACUUGAUCAUGAAAUUGACCGAUCAAUUUCUGAUGAUGAGCUGGAAUCCAGGAUAGCGCUUGGUGAUUCCAAAUUCGGUGUGUCGCUCAAGAACGACAGAAAUAAAAAUGGCAUCAAUUAUACUUCUCCGGAAAUUCAGAAAGUGAGCCAAGUCGAGUCAUACAAACUAGGCACCGAUUUAACGAAUGAUUCAGCUCUCUCUGUCGAUGUCUUUGAGACUGAGAAAGUGGACAAAGACGACCUCGACAGUGGGUUAGAAUUUCAAGACGAAGCUCGCGAUGAAGAAAGAGUUCGGCGUAGCCCAAACCACACUGAUGACGAGUCCGAAAGUUUUAGUACGGAACACACAUUUAACUCAAGUACAAACUCAGGAGAAACAAAUUCUAUUAUAAAUUUGCAUCAGUUACUCACUGACCGCCAAGAAAACAGUAGCGAGGAAAUUAAGGAUUUUUGCGCAAUUAACUCAAAGGAAACUUCAAUUGAUGAUCAUGAAAAGGCAUCGUCUGAUGUAGAUUGGGAUUCGUUUUGGCAGGAACCAUUCGAGUUUUGUUCAGGGAAUUCUCAUCAGAGCUCACACUCACCAACUGACCAUGGACAACUUGCACAAAGUACUACGGAAAUACUUAAGUUAAAAUUAACAACACUUAGUUUGAAUGACUCUAUAUGUGAUAUUUUUGAAAACGAAGGUCACAAAAUGGGUAAUUCAAACACAUAUGAACAGCGGAGUAGUUUUGAUGAGGAAAGCGGUGAACAUGGUAAGGAUUCAAAACACGGGUUCUGGGAAGUAAAUGGUAUUAAAGCCAGACGGUCAGGUGCAUUUAGCACCAAACGAGGUUCUGAUAGAACCUCACAAUUCUAUGUUCCAUUAGAUACUAGUUUUGAAGAGGAGACAAUCUCCACCCAAACUGCGAGAGUGCUUAAUUUUGCUUCUUUUGAAAAUUCUUCCACCGGUGAAUACAUUUUACAAGAUAUCAAUAGAGAUAGUUCCCUAGAUGGAAGACUGGAACAGGAUGACAGUCAUAGCGAUUGUACUUCCGCUUCCAGCUUCUCGUUUGGUAUUGCUCGCAUAUUUGGCGAGGAAACACAGACGAUAGACAAUCAUGAACUUCUAGAUACUCAUCUGCAAGUUGAUAAUGAACGCAUUGGAAUUGAUGUUGAACGUCUUGACAGUGCAUCAGUAAGCGCAAUAGAAUCUCAGGAACACAGGACUAGUGUUAGCACCGACUCGAUUACUGAAGGAUCCUCAGAUCAGUCACUGGACGUAAUCAAUCAAUCUAACUAUAGGUCAUGUACAAACAUCAAACACUGGAAAAGUGCCGACGGCCUUAUUCUUCGCCUACAUGCAGGUACUGAUGAGCAGACUAUUGUACCUGCAGACGACGAAGACAAGGACGGUGAGGAAAGCGCGAAUGACGUUGUAGAAAACAAUAAUCCUGAUGAUCAUAAAACUGUAGACUGCAACAUUUAUGAGUACGAGGGUCACUCGAUGAUUCAUGAUAAAGUAAAUAAUAACUGUAAUAAAAUAGAAGACGUUUUAAAGUAUCAACCUGAGGUUGUUAUGGAAAGCUGUACACGGACAGAAGAAGUUGUUACACAGUCAACAAUGGAUACGGAGUACAUUGGUACCGAUAAACAGACAGAGAUUAGAAACCUUGAAGAGGAUUGGCAAAGAAAUCGAAAAUUAAGAGAGAAAAAACGAGAGGAGAGGAGGAAAAGAGAACAAGCCCUACAGGAUAAGGUCAACUGGGUUCGAGAUGAAAUCAAAAUCAUGAAGCAACUGGAUAAGAAGUUGAUCGACCAAUUUUUUGAGCUAAGGUCAGUUAUUCACCAGAUGACGUAUGCGAAAAAUCGACCAAUCAGGGACUUGAAUAUUUCCGAUCUUGACGAAGAGGAUGCGUUUUAUGAGGAUGCUGAGAUAGUGGAGUUCGAUAGCCAAGCUACACCCGCGCAUGAGGAGUAUUUACCGGCCUUUAGAGGGCGUACUGUAUCUAUGAUGACUCCUCCGUGUGAACGGCGCUUAAAACCCGGGUGGAAACUCAACCGGCGUAUGCCAUCCUUCACGACAGAAGACGAUGUACAACUGGAAUUGCUGAUGUUAUGAUUUCAAAAAAUUCCGAAUUCUCUGGAUAAUAUUUUGAAAUUGUGCAAAUAUUUUUCUAUUCAAGAAAAUCAUGUUUUCUACUCAGGAUCGGCUAAACCAUCAGUACUACCAACUAAUUGCGUUAUCGUCUUGCCAUUAUAAUAUGUCUAUUAUCAAAGGUUACGAGACAACGAAUCUUCAUUGAAUAUGGGUAGGCCUAAUGUAGUUUUAUUGGUAAAAACAAUAGGCGUAUAUUGUAUUGGAAUGUCAUGUUUUAUUAUCAACUCCGUGUGUUUACGCCCUGCACUGGUAUUUAAACAUGAUCUAACAUAUGCAUAAACAAAUAUGAAUAGGCCUAUAAUAAUUUGUAAUUUGAUAUCUAUUACGUAUUUGUUAUUAUUAUUGUUAUUUAAUCAUCAUUUCUAUCAAGUACACUUGGGUUUUGAUUGUGGCCUAACUCUAUGAUAAUGAAUACGGAAUAAAUGUGCAUUAAUUAAAUUUUAAUUAAUUAAUUAUUAUAUAAUGCAAUUAUUUUAAAUUGUCCGCCAAUAAAAAGUGGGUUUUUAUUUUUAGAGUUGUCUUCCAGACACCACAAACCACUUCCUGAACAAGUAAAAGCUUUAUCAUGUUGUCUAUAGAAGGCAGUGUUAUACUACACGCCUGGUUUGAGGGAGUUAUGGUGUUGGCAACAUUGAGAUUUCUGUUUACAUCUACAUAAAAGAACAGAUAAUUUCAUCAAGAUAAGUUGGCCUCUAAUUAUAAGAAAAUAAAUAAUUAGCAUGAUGAUUAAAAAAAAGUUUAUUUGAGGUCUCAGAAAAGUGUUCUUUACUUGAAAAACCAUUUGAAGAGGUAAUUUUAAUUGGAAUACUUGUACCUGUACCCUAGGCGUGUGUGUAAGUACGUUGUUGUACGCGCACGGAGCCGAAUACACUCAUGACUUUCGUAUCUAAGAUUGUCGGUCGUUAGAUACCCUAUCGACACAUCACUAAAUGUUUUGCACGUUACAGAAUAGAUUUGAUAUACUGUAAAUAUAUAUAAUAUAUUUGUAAAAUUGAUAUAAAAAGGAUUUUAUUAAAUCAAAAGACGUUGAGUUGAAAAAGAA